AUGUCGGAUCCCUUCUUUCAGAAGAAGCGCAAGCGCAGUGGGGACGCACGUAGCGCUUCGAGCGUUAAGCUGCGGAAACGCGUGGACGACGUGGAUGAAGAGCCUUUGGAAUCUGUGGAGGAUAUGGAUCUUCGCCACGAAUACACCCAGGAUGUGGACAGCGACGAAGAAGCGAACGCGCGUGAAACGCCGGCAGAAACCAAGAUCCGACUUGCACGCCUUUAUUUGGAGGGGUUUCACGACAAGGAGGAAGAACUGGUUGAUGGAGCGGAUGCCGCGGUGGCUGACCGAGAAAAUAUUACGGCGCGUCUUCAACGCGAUGUCGACGAAGGGGGCGGGAAGAUGCACAUUCGGAUUGCAUCGAGGCUUGCGGCACCUUUAGAGAAUGAUAUUUUAGCUACACGUGGGCAUCGGAUGAGCGUCACUUCCGUGUGCAGCAACGUGGCCGCAGACAGUUUUUUUUCUGCGGACAAGGAAGGUCGUAUCGUGCAGUGGCGCCUGCGCGACGGCAGACAAGUGUGUAUAUUCCCGCGGCGGAUUGAGCAUACCGACAUCGGAUGGAUGCCUUCUGCAACGAGCGGCGCCGCACGCCGCCGUGCACGCGCGGGCCAGAAAACCAAGACGAUGCAAGGCAUCGUGCACUUGGAAAAAGAGCAGGGACACACUGCUGACAUUUACGCACUUGCUCUCAGCUUUGACGGCAAACACCUUGUUUCUGGCGGCCGAGACCGCAAGAUUGGCGUGUGGCGAGUCGAGACGCGCCAGAAAGAGCCCGAUGCGUCGAACACGACACACUUUGUCAAGUUUUUACUGGGCCACAAAGACGCAAUUCGCGCAUUGGCUUUCCGCGGCACUACUUCGGAGCUCUUUAGUGCUUCUUAUGACCGCACCGUCAAGUUGUUUGAUGUCGCACAGCUGAGCUAUAUCGAGACCUUGUUUGGCCACCAGGAAUCCAUCCAGGACCUGAGCUGCCUCCGUUCGGACCGCGCUGUGACCGCUGGCGGCCGGGAGCGAACCUGUCGUUUGUGGAAAAUUCACGAUGAAAGCCAGCUGGUUUUUCGUGGCGGCGCAAAGAGCAAGGUACAUAUGUUGUUGGAAGGCGGCGACCUCGUUGAUACCCCAUCCAGAAAGAACGAGGUGCACGAGGGCAGCAUGGACUGUGUGGCCAUGAUCGACGACCAUCACUUUUUGAGCGGCAGCGAUGGUGGCAUGAUUUCCUUGUGGUCCAUUGCAAAAAAGAAGCCCGUAUUUACCAUGCCGCUCGCACACGGCUACGAAGUACACACCGAUGACGACGGUGUGUCAAAGACGUUGCCGCGGUAUAUCACGAGCCUAUCAUGUCUUCCAUACGGUGACGUAUUUGCCUCUGGCUCGUGGGAUGGCAGCAUCCGAGUUUGGGCGCUGCACGAGCAGCUGCGCUCAUUUGCCCCGCUGUUUACCAUCCCCGCCGAGGGCGUCGUGAACAGCUUACAGCUAAUCACACCGUCGAUAGAACGCGGAUCUGAAUACCCCGUGCAUCCCGCACGCUGGCGGCGCCGCGGCGGCCUGCACAUGCCACUUGCUGCGUCGGGCGAGGAGGAGAGCGGCAUACGGAACCAAGCAUCGCGCGUUUCUGCGAUCCAAAAUGAUCCAGCGACGGGGCGCAUCCUCGGGCACAAGGAAAGUAUCGCGCCUUUGCUCCUGGCAGGCGUUGGGUGCGAACCCAAGUCGCACCGCUGGAAACACUUUCCACAUGCACACACAGGCACGCUCGUCGUCCCACUGUGGCUCUGUAGGGAUACAUCGUAG